AUGGCCGACUUUGUUGCUGCAGCAACUACUGUUGCAGGUGCUACCGCCCUUACAAGCGCUUCCCAUAGCGAACAAGAAGUCACUUCCGCUGAAGUGCCGACCCCUGUAGCAGUCGAGGAAAACAAAACUACUACUGUGGAAACUGAUAAGAAGACAGAUACCACGACGGAUGAUACCAAGAAAAAUGAUACCACGACGGAUGAUACCAAGAAAAAUGAUACCACGACGGUUGAUACCAAGAAAAAUGAUACCAAGAAGGAUGAUAUCAAGAAGGAUGAUACCAAGAAGGACGAUACCAAGAAAAAUGAUACCAAGAAGGAUGAUACCAAGAAGGAUGAUACCAAGAAGGGUGAUGCCAAGAAAGAUGAUACCAAGGAUGAAACCACGACAGUUACCGAGACAAUCGAUACCCCAGAGCCUACAUCGACUGAACCACCAAAGCCAAUUGCUGCAGAAACGCAGCCUGUGGAUGUCCAAGACAAGGAGGUGCCCGUUGAGCCUGUGACAAUGGAAGAAGACAAGGAUAAACCAGAAGACAAGGAUAAACCAGAAGACAAGGCUAAACCAGAAGACAAGGCUAAACCAGAAGAAACUCCCGCCGCUGUAAUUGAAGCUGCCGAUACCAAGAUUGACGAAAGUAAAUCCGCGGUUGAGGAAUCUGACAAGCCGACAACAACCGGAGAAACAACUCCUCCACCACCAGCGACAAAAGACAGUUCUACUGCGGAAGUUACGCCUGCGACUGAGGAACAACUCAAGGAUAAGGCACUUCCAGAAACGCCAGAAGACGUACGUGAAGUCCCGGCUACUAGUGGAGAAGGCACCUCAGCACCGAGUGGUGGCGAAGAAAAGACUGACAAGGAAGAUGCAGCGAAAAGCGAGAAGAAGAACAAAGGAUGGAAGAACUUCGUUAAGAAAUUUAAAAGUUUUUUUAAUGAAAAGCCAUCGUAA